AUGUCCGAGAAAAAGGUCAAGUUGCCUCGCAAGAACGUGAGUCGGCCUUCGCGCGAGACUUUGCCUGGCGAGAUUCUUAAGGAUAACAGUGUACCGUUCGGCUCUGUGGCUGCUUCUGCUGCGGGAACCUCUAAGUCGCCUCCGAAGGACACAGAUGGUGAUGAAGAAUGUGACCCGAACUUUGUCUAUCAGAAGGUCAAGUUGCCUCGCAAGAACGUGAGUCGACCUUCGCGCGAGACGUUGCCUGGCGAGAUUCUUAAGGAUAACAGUGUACCGUUCGGCUCUGUGGCUGCUUCUGCUGCGAAAACCACUAAGUCGCCUCCCAAGGUUACAGAUGGUGAUGAAGAAUGUGACCCGAGCUUUGUCUAUCAGAAGGUCAAGUUGCCUCGCGCCGACAAGAAUAAACAGUCUAGACGGACCCCUCCUGCUCCAGCUGAUAAGCCUAACGUAGUCCCUGCAAAUCGUUCGGUUCCUUCGAGCUCCAUCGCUGCUCCUGCUGUUCCCAUUCUUCCGUCGUCUACUCCAGCCGCUGAAGCUCUCGACGCUCCUGCAUCCUCCCACGUGGACGCAGCUAACGCUGCUCUGGAGACAUCGGCGCCAGCGACCAGCUUUUCUCAAGAGACACAGGCGACGGGAGGCCAGGGUGGUGGUGCUGGACAAGCAGAAGUGGUGACUCCGAGCAGCCGACGAUUCAAGAAGAGGAUGAGCCAGAGUCCUGCAGGCGUGGAGCACUUGUCAUCUACCACGAAGAAGCGGAAACUUAGUCGUAGUUUUCGGGAGAGCCUAGGAGGCAGCGUGUCACGGAUGGCAGCGAUUAAUCGCUUUCUGGAGGACAAUGCGGGCGUGGAUGCAGCUUCUCCCAUUGAAGAGGACGCUGCGUGGUUUCAGAAGAGGCGAAUGACCCUGACGCCAGCCGUACGACGUCCUUCUCUUGGUGCGGCUGUCAGAUCUGGCGUCACUCCAGGGCGUGCUGGUCGCGGAGGGUGGAGCGUGCAGCGCUGCGCACUGAUGCAGGAGGCGGGACAGGCUGGAAAGGAGUCGAGGCAGGCAGGGUCGGAAGCGGGAGAAGCUGGGUCGAAGCAGACGGGACGCGAGGGAGCAGUGCAAGUGGGAAAAGCUGGUUCGAAGCAAGAUGGAGAAGCUAGUGUGAAGCAAGCGGGAGACGCGGGACAGGAUGGUUCGAAAGUAUUGGCAGGGGACAAAGAGGAGCAGGUCAUUCGUGAAGGCACAACUGCUGAGCAAGUCCAGGCGAGCGGAGAGGCGAGCAAGCAGGGAGCGGACCUGGGUAUGGGAGUGGAGGGGCCUGUGGAGCUGACGAAGGAGUACCUGGAGUCGCGUAUGAACAUCAUCUUCGCUCAAGAGACCUGCAACGCGGACCAGAAGCCCGUGCGGAUCGCCAGGCAGGUGAAGGCCUGCUUGAAGCGGUGCUACCUCGCGUCCAUGCUCGAUAUCAGGGCGUUUGAACCGAGCACGGAUGAGGGGAGCGAAGAUGAGGAGGAGGAAGAGGAGAACGCGGGCAAGGGAGAUGGAGGGGCAUCAGGCAAGUCGGCUGAGCCUGCAACCGGGGAGCAGGCGGCUGGGGGAGGAAGGAAUGAGUCGUUAGCCUCUGUGAGGUUCCGCAUACAGGCGAUUGAGGAGAUUCUCCCAGUUGUCGAAGAAAAGAUUGAGUGUACACGCUCUUGGAUCAGCACCACUCUUUCGCUGUGUGAGCAGGCAGCAACUGUGGAGCAGCAGUUGAUUCAGGCAUACCCUGGGGCUGCAGCUGCUGCUGUUGGUGGAUCAGGCGAUUCCAGAGGAUCAACGGCGGCAGUGAGAGGUGCUGGAGGGCUUGCAGGAGUGCCGCUGGCUGUGUUGACUCCACGAACAGCAGCUAGGGGCCUGGCAAAUCUUGGGCACCCAGAUAUGCCCACGGACUUGGAGUGGUGA